GCUCAAACGAUGGCCCGCGAGGACAAGAAGCGCAGAAAGCACGACAGCUCUUCGGAAGAUGAAGGCCACGGCCGCCGCUCCAAAUCUCCAGUCGAACCGAGGGAUAAGCGGCGCAAGUCAAAAUCGCCCGAAAAAGUGGAGCGUGUGGAGAAGGAAGGCGGCGGAGGAGCUGACUUCUCGCUGUCGAUCCAGGAGACGAACAAGCUGCGCGCCCAGCUCGGCCUCGCCCCGCUUGAAGAGGACACAGGACCGAAAGUGAGAGACGCAGAAGAUGGCGAGCUCACCGACAAGAUUAUCAACGAAGAGGGAUUCGAGUUCAGGCAUCGAAAGGCAGACAACUGGGGAGACAAGAAGCGCGACGACGCCAUCAAGGAGAAAAUCGAGGUGGCGAAGAAGAAGCGAGAGGUCUACUCAAAAGUGCUCAAAUCAAGAGGGCUCGCUGAUGAUAGCUCGGAUGACGAGGCUUCGGGAUGGGUGACAAAACAGCGACAGCUUGAUGAAGAGAAAAAGAAGGCGGAAGAGAGGGCGAAGGCGCUCGACGCGCUGGACGAGGAGCUCGCCGAUUCCGGCGCUAUCGAGGGCCAGAGCAAGAAAAAGAAGACGGGCAAGAAGAAGCCAGCGAGCAACGCGAUGACGGGCGGCCUGACCAUCGGCCACAGCAAAGACGAAUUCCUCUCCGGCCAGGAGCAGAUUCUCGUCCUCGAGGACAAGGGCGUUCUCGACGACGGCGAGGAGGUGCUCGUCAACCCGAACAUUGUCGACAAGGAGCGCACGACGCGGAAUGUCGACCUGAAGAAGAAGCGAGGCGCCAGAGAGUAUGGAGACGACUUGGACGAGUUCGGAAAUCCAAAAGAGGGCAUGCUGUCGAAAUAUGACGAAAUGGACGGGCCGGAGAGGACGACGUUUCGAUUGGAUGAUAGGGGGGGAGAGGUGGACAUCGAGAAAGAGAAGGAAGAACGCGAGAUGCGCCAACGUCUCCUGAUGGCCGGCAAGAUUCUCGUCAACCUCGACGACAGCAACAAGUUCACCCGCGCAUCCGAAUUCUACACCCAAGAGGAGAUGAUCUCUUUUCCGGAAAACGACAUAAUCCCCGGGAUCAACCUGGAUGACGUGCUGAUCGACGAUGAUGCGGAGGAUGAGCUGCAGUCGAUGCUCGAGAAGGCCAGACGAUUGAAACAACAGCCAACAAGGACGGCUGGUGCUCGGGAUAUCAAGGUCGAAGUCAAGGAGGAACCUAUGGAGGAGGGAGAGCAGCAGAUGCAGGCGACAAUUAACGCGAAGGAAACUGAAAGAAGCCGAAGAAGAAGC